CAUGUGAUUAUCACAUGAUCAGCAUACAUGUUCAAGAUGGCGUCGCCCACUACUAUUCAGUUGUUUUGUUUGCUAUUAUGCGUUAGUCAUAUUUACAGCUGGAUUCCGCGAAUUAUCAAUGGUAGACCUAAAGGAGGGAUGUUGGGGGCACCUAAGGCUCCAAAGGGAAUUAAAACUCCGGCCGCCCAGUGGUACGACGAGCAAAGAUUGGAUCAUUUCGACGGAGCUAAUUUCAAAGUCUGGAGUCAGAGGUAUUUCGUGAACGACACGUUUUACACGCCCGGAGGUCCCAUAUUUCUGAUGAUAGGCGGCGAGGGACCGGCAGACGCCAUCUGGAUGGUGGAAGGCACAUGGAUACAGUAUGCGCAGCAGUUUGGGGCAAUCUGUGUCAUGCUGGAACAUCGCUAUUAUGGCGAGAGUCAUCCCGUACCUGAUCUAAGCCUGUCAAACUUGCGCUACCUGAACAGCAGACAAGCGCUUGCAGAUCUUGCCCAGUUCAUCGACUUCUUCAGGAUUCGCAUGAAACUAUCAAACAACAAGCUUAUCACAUUUGGUGGCUCUUAUCCAGGCUCUCUAUCGGCUUGGUUUCGAUCCAAGUACCCCCAGUAUGUCGACGGGGCCGACGCCACAAGUGCACCCAUAUAUGCACAGGUGGACUUUAGAGAGUACCUACAAGUUGUGACAGACGCGCUAGGCACCUCUGGCACCCAGUGUGUGGAGGAGAUCCGAAACGCCACCCAGACCAUGUACGCCUGGUGGGGUCAACCAGAAAUGAGGCCGGUACUUGAGCAGAAGUUCAACCUUUGUGACAAGAUCGACCAUACCAAUACUUUAGACCUCGCCGGAUUCUUUAGUAACACAGCGGGAAACUUCGAAAAUGUCGUUCAGUACAACAAAGACAACAGAGCUUUUGAGGGCGCACUCGGGACCAACAUCACGAUCGACACCCUCUGCGAGAUCAUGACGGACUUCACGCGCGGCGAUCCCGUGCAGCGAUACGCGGACGUGAACAGUCUGACCCUGAAGACGUACGGACAGACGUGUCUGGACUACACGUACACCAAGAUGAUUGCUGACAUGAAGAAAACAGACUGGAACAGCAGCGCCGGCGAAGGAGGCCGCCAAUGGAUGUACCAAACUUGUGCAGAGUUCGGAUGGUUUCAGUCCUCAGACUACGCCAAACAACCUUUUGGUGACUGGUUCUACUUUCCAGUUAACUUCUCGUUUAUUCAAUGUAUGGACAUCUACGAGAAAGAAUUCAAUGGCAUGGCCAUUUACAAUAAUGUACAGGACACGAAUCGGUAUUACGGGGGACGUGACAUAGCAGUUACCAAGGUGGUUUUCCCGAACGGAUCGAUCGAUCCCUGGCACGCGAUGGGAGUCACGAAAGACAUUUCCAAGGAUGCGACUGCUAUUUAUAUUGAAGGUACUGCCCACUGUGCGAACAUGUAUCCGGCUACUGAUCAAGACCCUCAGCAACUUAUCGACGCGCGUGUGCAGAUCUCCAAGCUGAUUGGUCAGUGGUUGCAGGACUAAAUUUGAAUUGACCUAUCACUGAAGGUGUUUUCAUGAAAUACGCGAAAAAAGUGUAUUUAGAAUCAAUGGACAGAGAUUAUAUAUUUCGUAAAUAAAUAUUGAAUUUAUAA